CUUUCUCUCUCUCUCUCUCUCUCUCUCUCUCUCUCUCUCUGUAUCCUUCACUUCUUUAGUCUCUUUCGGUAUCUGAAGUCACUGUCCUUUUCUGCCAUUCCAUCACCCAUUUGUGAUAGUAAACUUGUUUUCAAAUACACUCCUGUUUUUUCUGUCCUCUUAAAUGAUGGUGGUCUUCAGCAAUUGAGUAACACUCAAGUGGGCCUGGCGGCACUAAUUCAGACUCGAGGCACUAGAAGUGCAUCUUUGUUUUCAACUGUCGAGUGGGUUGCUCAAGUGCAUAUGACAUACAAGUUGGAAAGUGGAUUUAAAGUAAAUCGGAUUGAGUAGUCACAAAUGUCCUUGUAUUAUAGUAACAUCGUCUUAUGAGAUUGAUUUAAAAAUGCACAAUAACCUGCUGUUGAAAAGCAAGACAAUUAAUGUUUUAUUAAGUUUAUCUCAAGCGUGCUAAAUAUCCGCUGAUUUAACCAAUGAAAAAGCCAGAAAAAAAUGUCAUAACUCUGUGACCUAUUAGACCCUGUGACCCUACAGAAUAUCUUCCCUGCACGUAUUAGUUCCUAACUGUAGAGCAUGAAUUUUGUCUUACUCAGAAUUUAAACAUAACAUGUCACUUUCUAAAUGUUUACUUUGCUUGUAUCUGUAUCUGAGAAAUAAGACAGAACAAUUUCCAACAUAGUUGUCAGUUGUCAUUGUGAUGAUGUUUCCUGGUAGCCAUUACCAUGCUCAGAUACCACUGCUGCAGAUGUUAUGUGCACUGUAUUCAAGCUUGGAUGUGUUUUAGCAAAGAUCUUUUAGAACACUUUCUCAACCGUCUCUGGUUGUAGUGUUGUAGUGUUCCAUAUCAAUGCUUAUGAAUGGUAACUAUAACAACCAUAGUAGGACUAUGUGUUGCAGUGUUGUAGUGUUGCAUGCAGGACUGUGGGCUGCGGCCCGGGAUCACUGGGCCUAGCCUUCCUAUCUCCACGGCGCUGGUCUGUUUAGACUCUACCCAGCGCUCAGGUUCCAACGCCAUCCUCUCAUUGUCUUUAAUUAGCCUGGUGUGUCAUCAGGACCCCCUGAGGCAGAUGGGGAGGCUUGUGUCACAGUGCUGAGAGAUGGCGAGGGCUGAGGAGACAGCUGGUCCUCUCUCGGCUCCCAUCUCAUCCCAGAAACACACGAUGAUGCCAGCAUGAGACAAGAUCAAACAGUGGCGGAGCUCAGACCAAACCAUGCCACAGCACGGCCAUAUCGAGGGUUCACCCAACUGGCUCUAGAUGUAGAGAUACUUUCACAUAAAAUGGCAGCUGUAUUUAGUCUGGGGCGAGGAAGCUAUUUAAGAAAUGUUGAGCAGAUUUCUAAUUCUAACCAUUAUCAGGCAUCAUUGCCAAAUUGUUGACUUAGUUGUUAAUUAUUGUCCACAGUAUUCUUUGAAACGCCCCUUUUAUUUCCCUUCCUGUUUCUCUAUUGGUCAAAUUAAGUUGGGCAUUGGGCUGUGGCUCACAGACUUCUUCACUGACCCUUCAUUGGGACAACCUCUUUCUGAGAGGUUAGAAGGUCAGCACUUGUGGUGUUGGACAAAGGAUAUCGGCCAAGUCCACCAGACGGAAAGGAAAUGGCGGAGCGCUACGACUGCCACUACUGCAAGGAGUCCCUGUUUGGGAAGAAGUAUGUGUUGCGUGAAGAGAACCCAUACUGCACCAAGUGCUACGAGAGCCUUUACUCCAACUCCUGUGAGGAUUGCAAGAAGCCCAUCGGCUGCAACAGCAGGGAUUUGUCCUACAAGGACCGCCACUGGCAUGAGGACUGUUUCCACUGCUUCAAGUGCAACCGCUCCCUGAUGGACAAGCCCUUCUCCACCAAAGACGAGCAGCUCCUAUGCACAGAGUGCUACUCCAACGAGUACUCCUCCAAAUGCCACGACUGCAAGAAGACCAUCAUGCCAGGCUCUCGGAAGAUGGAGCAUAAAGGCAACAGCUGGCAUGAAACCUGCUUCACCUGCCAGCGCUGCCAGCAGCCGAUUGGCACCAAGAGCUUCAUCCCAAAGGAGAGCCACAACUACUGUGUCCCCUGCUACGAGAAGCAGUUCGCCAUGCAGUGUGUGCAGUGCAAAAAGCCUAUCACCACUGGUGGAGUGACCUAUCGUGAGCAGCCAUGGCAUAAAGACUGCUUCCUGUGCACUGGCUGUAAGCAGCAGCUGUCUGGCCAGCGGUUCACCUCCCGUGAUGACUUUGCCUACUGCCUCAACUGCUUCUGCAGCCUGUAUGCCAAGAAGUGUGCCUCCUGUACAGCACCUAUCAGCGGUCUCGGUGGGAGUAAGUACAUCUCCUUUGAGGAGCGCCAGUGGCACAACGACUGCUUCAACUGCAAGAAGUGCUCAGUGUCCCUGGUUGGGCGUGGCUUUCUGACGGAGAGAGAUAAUAUCCUGUGUCCAGAAUGUGGCAAAGACAUCUGAUGAUGGACGGAGAGGUCCAGAAGGAUGGAUAUUCCAAAAGCACCGACUGAAUGCUUAGCACUCUCUGACAAUCAUGCUCGAAAUGUUUAAAGCACAUUUAAAUGAAGGUUUUCAACAACUUAUUUCAAUUCACUAACAGGUUUAUUGGGUGGAUGAGUAUUAUUAAAAUCUAAUUUAUGUUGUGAGUUUUGAUGAUUAAGAGGGUUUUUCUGCAUGCAAAGCCUCCGAUGACUGAACUCUAUGAAGAAAUGUUACAUUCACUGCACUAUACUGAUAAAGAUGUAUUUGUCUGCUAAAAUGUAUACAAUAUUUUAAAGAGUGUAUCUAAUUGUGUGGUUUGCUUACUGGACUUGCCUGAUUUAGUUGGGCUAAUUUAUUUGUUAUGAGGUAUAUUACUAACACAACUUGUACCUGUAAGGAGUUGACACAAGUCAAAUAGAAAAUCAAUGUGUGCUUUGUCAAUAAAUAAUUUCCAAAAUGC